AACCGUAGGGUAGGUAAGUAGAGUGUGGAGCCUUUCGUUGAAGGGGAAGAUGGAUGGGUGGAUGGGUGGAUGAUCAUGGAUGAUGGCUGCUGCUGAUGCUCAUGCUGAUGCUGAUGGCGCCGGACCGGAGAAGGCGACAAGUCGUUUUUCGUCGUAGUAGAUAGAUGGAGCCCUCGAGAUCCAUCCUACUACUCUACUCCAUUCCACCCUGGCUCUGCCGCUGUCGACGGGGGGAGCCUGGAGGGGUGGGUUACUGCUGGUGGGAGCACAGCAUGGAGGAUCCUCAGAUGUCAACCAAACAAACCCCCCUUCAACCCACCCUUCCAUACCCAACCUACCCAACACACCCAUACCCAACCCAACCCACUCUAUAUUUCCACUUCCUAGUCCAGCCGUUAGUGAUUUGUUAUAUACGCGCAACGGAACAGCACUCCAUCUAUCUCACUACCCUCCCCCUCCACCCCUAUGUUUGCGCGCCCGCCCGUGGUUGGCGUAAUUAUACGGCUGUCAUACAGCGACGCACGGUAAAAGUAGAGUAGAGUACUCUACUUACCGUAGAAUACAGUGCGUGUGUGUGGGAGGGAGGGAAGGUUUAGCGCCUGCGACGACCGACGAUGUGUGUGUGUGGGAGGGAGGGAUCGAGAGAAGUUGAGAAGGAUCAUGCCUUUUUGCGUGAACC